GAAUGAUUUUUGAGCUAGUUACGGCCAUCUUUGCGCUUGCGUCUAACCUCCCCUGUCAGAAAGUGCUGUAUAACCGGAAUCUGUCAUCGAAAAGUGGAAAAUUCAGUAUUUUUAGUGUGUUUUACGUCGGUUUUUCAGUGCUAGAAAUAGAAUAAUGUUGAAGCAAGAGCAGGUGCUCCAAAUCGAGCCUCAAAACGAGCUCAAGUUUGUAGGGCCCUUCAGCCAGCCAGUGACCAGCUAUAUGAAGCUGACCAAUCCCACCGACAAGAAAGUGCUGUUCAAAAUCAAGACUACAGCCCCUAAGAAGUACUGCGUGCGGCCCAACUCGGGCUUGAUAAAUGCCGAACAAAGUGCCCAAAUUGCCAUUUGUCUGCAACCAUUCCGGUACGAUCCCAACGAGAAGAACAAGCACAAGUUCAUGGUGCAGACUGUGUUCGCUCCGGAAACCGGCGACGCCAAUUUGGAAACGCUCUGGAAAGAGAUCAGUCCUGAGCAGCUGAUGGAUUCGAAGCUGAAGUGCGUGUUUGAGAUGCCCGAUCAAGAACAGCAAAGCGGCUCCACAGCGGGCGAAGCCCAAAGGGCGACUGUUCACUCGGAAGUCAAUGACACCCCCAAGACGGCACAGGAGGCUUCGCUAUCCCAUUCUGGUGACUCUGUCGAACUGCAAAAGGCUACUAAGGAGAUACAGCGAUUGCGGGAAAUUGAAAGUGAACUACGAGAAGCGCUGUUUGCAGCGAAAAACGAGAAAUGGGAACUGGAGGACGAGAAAGGCUUGUCUGCUCCCAAUAGAUAUGCGCCGCCUGCCGAGCAACCGCCGACAAUGUAUUUCAUCGCGAUAGCUAUAGUUGUAGGAUUGGUUGGCAUUCUAUUGGGCAAGUUUUUGCUUUGAAAGACUCCCAGCCGCCCCCUCGACACACUUGUAAUGUAUAUUUAUUAAAAAUAAUUUAAAAAAUGCAUCUAAACAGAAAAUUACCCAUAAUGUACCAUAAAUAAACGUGCUAAAUUUUGGUGAUAACUUGUAGAGGGUUUCACGUUUUAUCAGUUUGUUUCAAUUAGUGGGACACGGGAAACUGCAUAGCUUCCCGCUGACUCAGCGUCUCAAUAAUACGAUGCAGUUCACUUUCUAAUAGAUAUAAGUGUGUAGUGAGUCGAUUUCUUGUGUAAAUAUCUAAGCACAUUCAGAGCGGGGCUUGAUCUUACUUGAUAAUCCACUAAUAUAAGACGAUGGAUUAACUAAACGUUAGUAACUUAACUACUUGUGCACUUUUUUCGGUUCGUUUCAAAUGGAAGAGUGUUUCAAAUAAAACUAUCACCGGUCUGAUUUAUAUCUCGUGUUUUUGGUGGGUGGUUGAUGUUGCUAUCCGGUCAAUUAACUUUGACCAGUCGGAUCUAUUCUAUAGUGGCUCGAUAGGAAGGAAGGUUUUCUUUGUAUAUAUUAAGAUGUAUUUCAAUGUACGGAAGCGAAUUUUAACUCAGUAUUUUAUCUGAAACACCCCCUAUCGCAAUACAUACUUGGUCAGUGUUUUAUGAGCCGCUACUCCUUGGUAUGACAGUCUCUGGAUAUUGAGGGCGCUUAUUAUUUAUUACUCGCCUGGCAAAGCACUAAAACCUCUGCAGAUUGAGUUGGUUUCAAGUCAGUUCCAAAUGCGACCGAUUAGACUGCUUAGUAAGCACUUGAUCCUGUUAGCGAAAAUAUCAAAGUUAGAUGCUUUUUAGUUGUGUUCGAUGCAGGGACUGGGUGUACUUGAGGAUUGGCUGAAUCUUAUUUUUUUACGUUAGUAUGUGCGCUUUAAUGUUUAAGUUUUUAAUUUGUAUACAAGAGUAAUGGUCUAGUGUUUUAGAUGAGUAUAAUAUUCAAUUUUUAGAUUUGGAAAAUAUAAAUGUUUAAAAAGUUGCA